AUGAGCACUGGUGUGAUCGGGAGAAGCAGCUGCAGAACUAGCGUCCUCAAUUCAGAGCUCCACCAAAUCCGAGGAGAGAGAGGAGGAGGAGCUCGCCAGGUCUCAGCGUCGGUGAGGAUCUGCGGCGUCCGUCCGGGAAAUGGAUGGGGGAAGCUGAGGGUGGCGGCGCCGCUGUCGUCGUCGUCGUCCUCCUCCUCCUCCGGCCGCUUGUUCGUGUCGUGUGUUAGGGCUCGAGCGGCUGUGGGGGAUGGAGUCACGGCGGUGGCGACGGGGAAAAGCUUCUACGAGCUCCUGGGGAUACCCCAGGGGGGUAGCGUCGCCGAGAUCAAGAGAGCCUACAAGGAGAUGGCGCGGAGGUACCAUCCCGACGUCUGCCCUAACCCGGACCGCACGGAAGAGUACACGCGGCUCUUCAUCGUGGUGCAGGAGGCCUACGAGACGCUUUCGGACCCUGGCCGCCGGGCGCGGUACGACCGCGACCUUGCCCACGGCUUCCACCUCAAUUUCUCCGCCCGACGGAGAUCGUACCGAUACAGUGGCGACGAGGUGAGCGAAAUUGUUCAUUCUAAUGAAUGAUUAAAUUUUUCUGCCCCUCGAUCAUGAUGAUUCCGGCCGCGUUCCUGGAGAUACCUUUUUAGGAUUCCCGACCCUCUGGAUUAUAUGCUGCUCGUUCUGAGGUUAAGAGGAAUGUAAUUAUCGCAUUCCAUCAUGUAGGAUUCACUUCCUCAUUUUCUGAUGUCCGUAUCACAGAAACAUUAGAAUUAACAGCUUGUUCAUAAUUGGUGCUAUGAUCAGAUGAACACGUCGGGAAGCUUCAGAAUUACCAAUAUCCACACAUGUCUGCGUUGGAAAUGCCUGUUGAACAAUACUUCCAUGUGUAAUUUUUAUUGCUACUUUCUUAGAUAAUCGAAGAACAACUUGCUUGUCAGCGAUUUCAUCUUUAAGAAUUUUCUGUCUGAAACUUGUCCGGCAACGGAUGCUAAAUCUCUGUCAUACAAACGAUGGAGAGUGUCCUUUGUUUCUUGCGUGCUUUCAUCUUCUCAGAGCUUUUGCGUGAUCUUAGGCUUUUCUAAUAAUGCCUAUCACUUUUGCGUGAUCUUUGCGUGAUCUCCAGGGUUUUUCUGAGGUUCCUUCUAUAGACAUAUAAUGGGUGGUGUGUUAGUUUUCUUCACAAAGCUGCGUUCCUUGGUGAACUUAUUAAUUCUCUCACUUCUUACUUCUUUCUUGGUAAAACUGAGAAGCAUAUUCCACUGUCUUCUCAACCAGAUUGAAUUUGGUAGCUUUCACUUCACCAAUGGCCCUUUUUCUCAGUUUGUUCAUGAGAAAUGUCUCGAACGAUUAGAAUGCAAUCUAUUUUUUGUUCCCUUUAUUAUGAGAAAAAUAGCAAUGGGAAACUUCAUGUUGGUGAACCUGAUGAUUUGUUCUUUUGAAUUGUUAUAAAUUUUACAGUAAGAUUAGGAAUUUUGAAUUGUUUCUACGUCUAAACGUGAUCUUACUCUCAAUUUUGUCUUCAAUGGAUGGAAAAACUUGUCAAGAUCCUCUGCCUGGGUUUGUUCUUGCGCAUUUUAACAUUUCGAAGAAUUCGUCUCUUCUCAUAUGAUUAUGUUGACCAGUUCUCUGAUACCAUCCUGGUUACUAUCUUCGGUCAUUCCUCAGGUACUCUCUCCGUGCAAGUUCAUCCUAGAACUUCCAUUUUAGUGACAUGGGCAAAUAGCAUCCUGUGUCUUGUUUGCUGUAUGUAGGUCAACCUACAUCUUCAUCCUGCUUCAUAGUUUCAACAAUUGAAACAAACCAUCAUCCCCAAUUCUCAAGACUUCGAAGCAACCAUAGAAAAGCCAUAAAUCUGUUUAUCACUCAAAAAAAAAUUCAAAAAUAUUUAUUGACGUCUAGCACUCAUUAAUGACGUAAUUCCUUCAGUUUUCUUUCCUCUUAAAGAAUUUAUUUUUUUUCCUUCUCUCCAAACAGGUAAUGGAAGAAAAAUCGCAGUGGAGGAACCAGUGGCAGGAUCAGCUUGAAGGGCUGAAGAGGAGGAGCAUGAGCAGGCACCCUCGGAAAGAUUUCUCCUGGGGAGCUCGAAUGCGGAGACAACAGCAAGAGCCGCCUUCAGAAUAA